AAGCAGAAAAAUUGCGUUUGAAAAUUUAAAGUAAUAUUGAACUCAGUUAUUUUUAAUCAUAAUAAUGGAUAACUUCAUCGCUAAUAUAAAAAACAAAAUAAUGUUAGCAGGGCGCGAAGAAAAAGAUGAAACGUUAAAAAAAAACCCUCCUCUAAUCCCUAUGCCAGAUAUAGACAAUAUGACGGCCUCUGCAACCCGCCCCGAGACCCCCGCGCAGGAUGUCUCCCAGAUCCAGAACGAGCAAGAAGCAAACACUGAAAAGGUUCCCAGUAAAUCUAGUUUCAACGUCCUGUUGAAAUCAUUCGCUCCAUCAGAGAAGCAGGAAGAAGAGCCAAAACAUGUCCCCAAUCCGAUAGAAGAUGAUAUUUUUAUAUACUACGAUUGAAAUCA